AUCAUUAUCGUUGUGUUCCUCCCAUUACUCACUCCUUAUACACCAACCAACAUAGUGUUACACCUCUUCUCGCCUUCCCCACAAAAAAAAAAAAAGAAACGAGCUCGUGGGGAUGGCGAAAGGAGAAGGAAAGAGCGUAGAUCUCAAAGAGAAAUUGCUGAGACAUGAGGCGGGGAAGGAAGAGAAUCACGAGGGCGUAACCUUCAAGGAGAAGUUGUGGGAGGAGUCGAAGAAGCUUUGGAAGGUGGCGGGGCCUGCGAUAUUCACGAGGUUUUCGACGUUCGGAGUGUUUGUGAUCAGUCAGUCGUUCAUCGGCCACGUCGGCCCCACGGAGCUGGCUGCCUACUCCAUCGCCUUCACCGUUCUUCUGAGGUUCAGCAAUGGUAUCUUGUUAGGGAUGGCCAGUGCGCUUGAAACGUUGUGUGGCCAAGCUUACGGAGCAAAACAAUACUCCAUGCUCGGAAUCUACCUCCAACGAUCGUGGAUCGUUCUAACCUGUUGCUCGAUCUGUCUCAUGCCCGUCUACAUCUUCUCCGGUCCGAUAUUUAUAGCGUUGGGGCAAGAAGAACAUAUAGUGAGAGUGGCAAGGAUAAUAGCACUGUACAUCCUCGGCGUGAAUUUCUCGUUUAUCCCGUCGUUCACUUGCCAGAUGUACCUGCAAGCUCAGAGCAAGAACAGGAUGAUAGCGUACGUGGCCGCGGUUUCGGUGGUCAUGCAUCUGAUCCUUUCGUGGCUGUUGAUGGUUCAUUUCGAGCUGGGAAUCCACGGGGCAAUGAUCUCGACGCUCGUCGCUUACUGGUUUCCCAACAUUUGCCAGCUUCUGUUCAUCAUUUGCGGCGGCUGUCGAGAGACUUGGACGGGCUGGUCUCUUUUAGCUUUCAAAGACCUCUGGCCCGUUGUCAAGCUCUCCCUUUCUUCCGGCGGCAUGCUUUGCCUUGAGCUAUGGUACCCAACAAUCUUGGUUCUCUUCACGGGGAACUUGAAAAACGCAGAGGUUGCUGUCGAUGCUCUUUCAAUUUGUCUCAACGUCAGUGGAUUAGAGUCGAUGAUAUCGCUGGGUUUCUAUGCGGCAGUAAGUGUUAGGGUUUCGAACGAGCUCGGGGCAGGAAACUCCAAGGGGGCGAAAUUCGCAACGAUAGUAGCGACAGGCACGUCGUUGGCAUUGGGAUUUGUUCUGUUCGUCGUGUUCUUGUGCCUUAGAGGAACGAUUUCAUACGUAUUCACCCAAAGCGAGGCCGUGGCGAAAGAAGUGGCCGAUCUGUCUCCUUUUCUUGCUUUCACCAUCCUCUUGAACAGUGUUCAGCCCGUUCUAUCGGGGGUUUCCAUAGGGGCAGGAUGGCAAAGCUACGUAGCGUACGUAAACCUCGCUUGUUACUACGUUAUCGGUAUCCCUGUUGGGAUCGUUCUUGGCUACACCCUUGGUUGGCAAGUCAAAGGCAUUUGGAUUGGGAUGCUUGUCGGAAUAUUCUUCCAAACCUUGGUCCUCGUAGGAAUGACACUGAGAACCGACUGGGACCACGAGGUAUCUUCAACCCGUGUUCGAUUAAACCGAUGGUCCGUAUUUGAAAAUCGUAAUGAUCGUGAACACAAGAACCUAGAAGAUGAAGCCUGAUACUAUAUUUAUGGAUCAAUGUAUCGUGAUCAAUGAAAUAAUUUAGUAAUCGGACCGUUGAUCUAUUAAACUUUUUUUUAAUUUAA